AUGAAUAGCUUUCUGCAAGCAGUAACCUGUGCCAAGAAGACAGUCAUAACCCAUCAUAUGGAGGUGUCGCCCGAUGAGGAUAUGGCAAAAAGUGCGAGUACGAGACAACCGAAUCCUUUUGUUCUGUGGCAUGGAAUGGGGGAUACAUGUUGUAACCCCGAGUCCAUGGGUAGAGUAACAGCUUUGCUGCAGGAUCGUUUACCGGGAAUUUUCGUCCACAGCAUCCAAAUCGGAAGCGACUUGGAAGAGGACCAUAAAGCGGGAUUCUUUGGGAACUUAAAUGACCAUAUCGAUCUGGCGUGUCAGCAGCUGGCAGCUAUACCUGAACUGGCGAAUGGAUUUAACGCGAUUGGGUUCUCUCAGGGCGGUUUAUUUUUAAGAGCAUACAUCGAGCGGUGCAACGCGCCACCGGUUCAUCGGCUGAUCACUUUUGGUUCGCCGCACGGAGGUGUAUCCGACAUUCCCAAUUGUAUGAAUUCCAGGGAUUUCACCUGUGCACUAAUGCGAACCCUGGUACGGCGUGGCGUCUAUUCCGAUUACGUACGGCAUCAUGUUGUACAAGCCCAGUAUUUUAAAGAUCGGGUGAACAGUCAAGGUUAUUUGCAGAAAAAUAUCUUCUUACCGGAUCUGAAUAAUGAACACUCUGGCAAAAACAUAUCCUAUAAACAACACUUGCUAUCUUUGGACAAAAUUGUCUUGAUCAAAUUCUCGGAUGACACGAUGAUCAAACCAGCAGAAACAGCGUGGUUCUGGAUGUAUGAUCUGAACGGCGACCUCGUACCACUCCAACAACAAGCUCUGUAUCGUGACGAUUGGUUAGGAUUACAGGUGAUGGAAAAAGAAGGACGUUUAGAGUUUCUCGUGUGCCCAGGACACCAUAAAAAAAUGUAA